CAUUUAUUCUUUCUCUCUCCAUAUAAAACCAAUUUUGUUGGACUUAUUUUCCUCCGCUUGAAAUCCCCUUCAUUCAUCAACUCUUAUCAACUCAUAUGGCAUAUACAUCAACUACUUCCAACUGAAAGGAAAGAAAAAAAGAAUUUCAAUUCCCCCACACAAACACAAGAAAAAAUGAAUAUCUUCUUCACACUCUUCAUCUUCCUUUCUCUUUUCACAUUCUCAAAAUCAGAAUCCACUUGCAAAAACAACACAGAUUUAUAUCUUGUUUCAAAGGCUUUCACCUCUGUUUAUGGCUUCAACAUCUCUUGGUUCACCUCAAACUGUUCCUCUCCAAUAACUCAGAUAAACUUAUCUUCAAGAAACCUCACUGGUACAGUCUCAUGGAAAUACUUAAGAAAUUUAUCUCAUCUUCAUACUAUAGAUCUAUCAAAUAAUUCUUUAAAGGGUUCUGUUCAUCCUCUGUUUUGGUCCAUUUCAUCUUUGGUUCAAGUCAAUUUGUCAAAGAAUAGGCUAGGUGGAGCAGUUUCUGUGGCUAGAGCAUCAUCACCUAUUCAAAGACUUGAUCUUUCUUUCAACAGGUUUACCAACUUAGGCUCUGUUUUUUAUGGUUUUCCUAAUCUCACUUCUCUUGACCUUUCACAUAAUGAUAUCAAGAUUUUGCCUUUUUGGUUCACCAACCUAACCAAGCUUGAAAAUUUGAGCAUUUCUAGCUGUAACAUUUAUGGUAAUCCAGAACCCAUUUCACAUAUCAAGUCACUGAAACAUUUAGAUGUUUCCAUCAACCACAUGGAUGGUAAGUUUCCCAAUGAUUUUCCUCCUCUGUCCAGUCUUGAUUUCUUGAAUAUCUCAUUCAAUAACUUCACUGGGGUAAUACCUCAAGACCAGUUUGCUAAAUUUGGGAACUCUUCUUUCAUUCAUGCUGGGCACUUGCAAACCAAAAAUCUCUUACCAAAUCCCAAGAACUCCUCACAGUUACACAAUAAAAAUCAUAACUUUACAACCCCAACACACAAAAAAGUGUUGCCUAUGAGAGACAAACCUAUCAAACCAAAAACACAAAAGCCCAAAUCAAGAAAGAAAAUUUUAAUCACAGCCAUUUCAUCUGCUUCAACAUUUCUAAUCUUGGCCAUGGGAUCAGUCAUUUUGUGUCUAUACAAGAGGAGAAAAACAUUGACUAGGAAGAACAAAUGGCUAAUCUCAAAGCCAAUACAAAUACCCUUUAGAAUGGACAAAUCAGGGCCAUUUUCAUUUGAGACUGAGUCAGGGAAUUCAUGGGUUGCUGACAUAAAAGAACCAAGUUCAGCAGCAGUAGUGAUGUUUGAGAAGCCAUUGAUGAACCUAACUUUCAAAGACCUCAUAGCAGCCACAUCUCACUUUGGGAAAGAGUCAUUGUUAGCUGAAGGAAGGUGUGGGCCCGUUUAUAGAGCCGUACUUCCAGGUGACCUCCACGUGGCAAUCAAGGUCUUGGAACAUGCUAGGGAACUAGGCCAUCAUGAUGCUAUUGCCUUGUUUGAAGCACUCUCCAGGCUUAAACACCCUAAUCUAUUGCCUAUUUCUGGUUUCUGCAUUGCAGGGAAAGAGAAGCUAGUCUUAUGCGAAUUCAUGGCCAAUGGUGACCUCCACCGAUGGCUACACGAGCUUCCAACUGCUGCCACCAACGUGGAAGAUUGGACUACCGACACGUGGGAGAUACAAAAUGGGUCCCAAAUAACUUCACCCGGUAAAAUGGAAUGGCACACGCGCCACCGCAUUGCGGUGGGAGUAGCGCGUGGAAUAGCCUACCUUCACCACGCGCAGUCAAAGCCGGUGGUUCACGGGCAUUUGGUGUUAUCUAAUGUCUUACUAGCUGAUGACUUUGAGCCUCGGAUAGCCGAUUUUGGACUGAGCCAAACCCGAGCCGAUGGAUCUACUGAGAUGGAUGUGUACGAUUUUGGAGUUGUAUUGGUGGAGCUAUUAACAGGGAAAAUAGGCUCGGAUGAGACGAUAAAAUGGGUGAGGAGGCUAGUGAAGGAUGGACACGGAGUCGAUGCGCUUGACUCGAGGCUAAGACUCGGUGGUGACUCAGUGAGUGAGAUGGUGGAGUGCCUCCGAGUUGGGUACUUGUGUACAGCGGAGAGCCCAAAUAAACGGCCUAGAAUGCAACAAGUUUUGGGUUUGCUAAAAGACAUACAGCCCCACCAACUCGGAACUCAUCCGAGUUGACUCAGUCGAUAAAUGCAAAAUUUAUAAUCUUUAGGCAAACCACUCUCACUCCAGCGCGUGGUUUGCACGACGAGAAAGACGGACUGGCGUCAUUGCAUUAUUGUACUCCCAUGUGUUUGAUUGACCAGUAGAAAGUCAACAGUACAAGCCACCAAUCCACUUCAUCAAUGGCAUGCAGUCACGUGCAGAUCACGUGCUUUAACUUGAGAGGAACAUGUUUGCUUGCUUGUCUCAUUUUAUUCCCCUCUUUUUUUUCUUUACCUUUUUUAUUUUUGUAAUUUUGUAUAGUACUAUUUAAUUAGAAAAAAAAGUAGAGUUUUGAACAAUAAUUUGUGGGUAAAUUAUUUUUUUCCUUCAGAUUUUAUUUAUUUAUUUGGGGAUGGGGGGCUGUUUUAUUUUCUAGUGGAGCAGAGAAGGCAGAGAAUCCCACUAAUUGCUUGUCUCUUCUAAGGGGCAUUAGAAUCAUCAACUCCUUUAGUUUUCUUUUCUUUUCCCUUCUUUAUUUUUUCUCUUUAAUUUAAACUUUUCUUGUUUGUUUGUUCUUUUUUCCUUUUCUAUUUAUUGCCUUAUUCCUUUUUCUUUUUUUUUUAUAGGAGCAGUCUUUAAUUUUUUGUAGAGAGGAAAAAAGGGUGGGGUUUAGUACAAUCUUUUUCUAAAGUGAUUGGGUCAAAUAUUGAACCAAUGAAGGUAUCCCAUGAGGACUUUUUACUAUCUUAUUAUUUUCAUUAUAAUUAAGCUUUGAAGCAUUUGGAUG